UUUUGAUAAUGUGCGUGAGCGCCGUGUAAAAAGUGACAGUUCGUCAAUUUUUAGUUUGACUUUGACCAACCAACGGGGUACAAACUAAAAAAGUGUCAAACGAAAAAGUGACCAACCACCGGGUUAGAACUUUGCCCGAAUCCUGACAGAACGCCUUGACUGGGAUAGAACAGAAUGGCACAGCUCUGUUGGUCGAUCAUCGUCUGCAUCGUCUGUCAUUUUUUUAUCAGAAUCACCCUGUGUUUUCAAAAUGGAAAUAAACAAAGUUUGACAACGACUUGAGUGGUGGACAAGGAGAUCAACGGAAGUUUUUGCUCGGCGAAGCGGAUUGCGACAAGUAGCUGAACGACACCAACCAGCUGUGUCCAGUAUGGCGAGAUUUAGCAUCUACGCGGAAAAGCAUCUACGCAGCACCUACAAUAACUGCUACCGGGUUGUGGUGCUGGAAAAGACCGUCCCGUCGAAGAAUUUGCUCAAGGUCCGCCUGAUUGUAUGGCAACGAGGCCUGCCUCGGAUCCGGAUUCGGAUAAAGAACGCAGCGGAAAUUGAUUGCCGUGAGCUGGUGCAAAUCGUUCAGCCACCGGCUUUCUUGUUGGGCAUGCUGGGUGAAGCGGAUGACAAGUUCGACGAGGUUGGAAUUAUUCCGAUUAUCUCGUCACGCACUGAUCAGUGCCGUGGUGAGAUUGGAGAUCUGGUUUGUAUCGAUACCUCGGACGACGGUUCGUCCCUAGGGUUGAUUGACGUUAACUACUGGCCGCAUAUCCCGCAGGACAAAAGCAUCGUCCGAAUUACGUUCGUUCAUACGCAACCUGCCGGUCUACUCGAUGACAAGCAAAAUCCACGACCUGGAUUCGACUGCCGGUAAAAAUCCCAGACUGAUCAUCGAGCACCUGCAAGACUUGAGGUUCGCAUAACUUCACCUGGAACAGCUGUUUGAAAGGAAGCCCUACAAGUACAAGUACGUCCGAAACGCAAA